UCACCUCUCUUGAAUCUCUCUUUCAUCUCUCUCUUCUCUCUGGUAUCCCUCUCAAACCCUCCGCUCACCACCGCCUUCUCCAGCGCUCAUCGACCACUACCACGCUUGCCACCUCCGCACCCGUCUUCGUGGUAUCAAGCGUUACCUUCGUCGUCGCAAUCAGCGCCGUUCUUCGCUGAAAUCAACCUCUUUCGUUGCCCAUGCCUCCAUCAUGAGUUUGCCGCACUAGCAACUGGUAUUCUACCAAUCAUGCUUACUCUUAUGAUCGGAUCACUGCAUCUUGUCACGAACUGCUCUAAAUCACAGUUUUGUGCUUCUUGGGUUGAUGAACUAUUGACAAGAAUUCUAUGAAAAAGACAUUUUAUCUUAUUUAGUGUCCAGACUCCAGUUUGUGCUAUGACUCUGUUUCGCAGGUUCUUCUAUAAAAGGCCUCCUGAUGGUUUACUAGAAUUUAUGGACAGAGUUUAUGUUUUUGAUUCAUGCUUCUCUACUGAGGUCUUGCUUGAUGGAAUGUACCCUAUCUACCUUCGUGAAAUUGCGAUUGAGCUUCAUGAGGAACAUGCAGAUUCUUCCUUCCUUGCAUUCAAUUUUAAAGAGGGAGACAGGAGAAGCCAAUUUGCUGAAGUUCUUCGUGAUUAUGAUGUGACUGUAAUUGAUUAUCCACGGCAAUAUGAAGGUUGUCCCCUUAUUCCUCUGGCUCUCAUACAGCAUUUCCUUCGUGUUACUGAGAGUUGGCUUUCUCUUGGUAAUCAACAAAAUAUUGUAUUGCUUCAUUGUGAGAGGGGUGGUUGGCCACUCUUAGCGUUUCUUCUAGCUAGUUUCUUGAUAUACCGAAAACUGCAAAAUGGGGAACAGCGAACCCUUGAAAUCGUCCAUCGAGAGGCUCCAAAGGGAUUUCUGCAACUCUUAUCACCACUUAAUCCACUGCCGUCACAACUUCGGUAUUUGCAAUAUGUUGCUAGGAGGAAUAUUUCUCCAGAAUGGCCACCAAUGGAAAGAUCUCUUUCUUUGGACUGCCUCAUUCUUCGAGCCAUUCCAGCCUUUGAUUCUGACAUUGGAUGCAGGCCGCUUGUUCGUGUUUUUGGCCAAAACCUUCAUAGCAUGGGUGGCCUUUCAACUGAAAUGCUCUUUUCAAUGUCCAAGAAAAGGAAAUCCUUACGACACUACCGACAGGAAGAUUGCGAUGUGAUAAAAAUUGAUAUCCAAUGUGUUGUUCAAGGUGAUGUUGUGUUGGAGUGUCUUCAUGUGGACAUGGACCCAGAUAGGGAAGUCAUGAUGUUUCGCAUAAUGUUUAAUACUGCUUUCAUUAGAUCAAAUAUAUUGAUGCUCAACUGUGAGGACCUGGACAUUCUUUGGGGUUCAAAAGACCUAUACCCAAAAAACUUCAGAGCUGAGGUUCUCUUUGGGGAACUCGAGAGCAUAUCCCCUCCGAGAGCUCCUACGGCUACUUUGAAUGGUGAGGUGAAAGGCGGAUUGCCUAUUGAAGCAUUUUCUAGGGUUCAAGAACUUUUCAGUGGUGUUGAAUGGGUUGAGAGCAGGGAUGAUGCGGCAUUUUGGUUUCUUAAACAAAUUUCAUCAAAUGUUCUGCAAAACAAAUUUGAAAAUUUGAUACUGAAUGAUGUGAAGGAGUUGUCAAGGCUGCAAAGUAAAGUAAGUGCACAAAUACCACUCAUAUCGCCUGUAGAAUCUGAUGAAGAAAAAGAGUUUUCUCUAAACUCAGAUGCAGUUUCUUCUUUGGAUGAUGAAAAAGCUCAGCCUGGGGAUAAUCCACAUUCGCCUGAUGUGCAAACUAAUCUGCAAGAUGGCGUAGAUGCCUUGUCUGGGUCCACACAAUCAACUUCCUUAGGUGUUGGUACAUACAUGGUUGCCCCACCUCCACCACCACCACCACCACCACCACCACCUCCACCUUUGCCUCCACCUAAGCAGGUAUUAUCCAGUGAAACUGGUGCCAUGCCUCCACCUUCCCAUCCAUUUGCAGCUUCGCUAGUAUCUUCAGCCCAUAUUUCAUCAAUUAUAAGCCGACCACCUCCACCUCCUCCAGGACCACCGCCGCCUCCACCACCGCCACCUCCACCACCACCACCACCACUUCUUUCAACUUUGAAAGAUAAAGGUUUACCUUCAGCCCCUUCCUCAUGCCCACCUCCUUGCCCUUCUACAUCUAAUGGAGGUCCCCAUUCGAUGCCGCCACCGCCUCCGCCUCCGCCUCCACCUCCACCACCUCCACCUCCACCUCCACCUCCACCUCGUCCACCUUCUCCUGUGUCUGGGAAAGGUCCUCAAUCAGCCCCUUCUCUCUUUGUCACAUCUAGUCCACGUCCUCCACCCCCUCCCCCUCCCCUCCUCUCCAGAGUGGUAUUGUUCAUGGAACCACUCUACCUGAUUCAGGUUCUAUGCAAGGCACUACUCGUGCCCCCUCCCCCUCCACCACCUCCUCUUCCUUCAAUAUCUAAUUGCUGUCCUGCACCCCCACCCCCACCUCCAAUUCGAAGUGGUGCAGUUCGUGGAACCCCUCCGCCGCCGCCUCCACCUCCUUCAAGUUCUGUAAAAGGCACUGCUCCUGCCCCACCACCUCCUCCUCCAAUGCUUGCCCAAAAAGGUCAAACUUCUUUACAGGUUCCUCAGACAUUAAAGCCUCCUGGUGCUGUGCCCCCUCCACCUCCUCCUUUACAAGGAGAGAGUCAUAAAACACCAGGUCCACCUCCACCACCCAAAACAUCAAAUGCUCCAGCUCCUCCUGCUCCAUCUAUGAAAGGAAGACUGACAACCAGUUCAGGAAAGGGUCGUGGAUCUGCAACAGCAACUAAUGCUACUAAUGCGCCAAAAAAAGCUACAUUGAAGCCAUUGCAUUGGGUAAAAGUUACCCGAGCUAUGCAAGGAAGUCUCUGGGCUGAUACUCAGAAACAAGAAAACCAAUCGAAGGCCCCUGAGAUCGAUCUUUCGGAGUUGGAAAGCCUAUUUUCAACUUCGAUUGCAACUGAUGGAAGUGGUACUGAUAAAGGUGGACAUCGGCGUGGUUUGAGCACGAGCAAGCCAGAGACCGUGCACUUGGUUGAUUUGCGCAGAGCAAAUAAUUGCAGCAUCAUGCUUACUAAAAUAAAAAUGCCUCUUCAAGAGAUGAUCAGUGCUAUUCUGGCUCUUGACACUUCUGUUUUGGACAUUGACCAAGUGGAGAACAUCAUCAAAUUUUGCCCUACAAAAGAAGAAAUGGAGAUGCUGAAGAACUACACUGGCAACAAAGAAAUGCUUGGAAAGUGUGAACAGUUCUUUCUGGAGCUGAUGAGAGUGCCUCGAGUUGAAUCCAAGUUACGGGUUUUUUCUUUUAGAAUUACCUUUUCCACUCAGGUGAAUGAGUUGCGAUCCUAUUUAAACACAAUAAAUGAUGCAUCUAGGGAGGUGAAGGAGUCUUUUAAAUUGCGACAGAUAAUGCAAACAAUUCUCACCCUGGGCAAUGCAUUGAAUCAAGGCACAGCUCGAGGAUCUGCGGUGGGUUUUAAACUCGACAGUCUCCUUAAAUUGUCCGACACUCGUUCAAGAAACAACAAAAUGACAUUAAUGCAUUAUUUGUGCAAGCUCCUUUCUGAGAAAAUGCCUGAACUACUGGAUUUUGAUAAAGACUUGAUUCAUUUGGAAGCAGCAUCGAAGAUCCAAUUAAAGAUGGUUGCAGAGGAAAUGCAAGCAGUAAGUAAAGGUCUAGAGAAGGUUGAGCAAGAACUCUCUGCGUCUGAAAGUGAUGGAGCUGUAUCUAUGGGCUUUCAGAAGGCCUUGAAAAGUUUCCUUCAUACAGCAGAGGCUGAUGUUAGGUCUCUUAUAUCACUCUACUCUGAAGUGGGGAGGAAUGCUGAUUCUUUAGCUCAGUAUUUUGGGGAAGACCCUGCACGAUGUCCAUUUGAGCAAGUGACAUCAAUUUUGAUCAAUUUCGUGAAUAUGUUCAAAAAAUCACGUGAAGAAAAUGAGCGGCUUGCUGAAGCUGAGAAAAAGAAGUUGGAAAAAGAAGCCAUGAAAGAAAAAGCAAACCCUUCUCUUAAAAAAGACAAUGCUGAUGCAAAUUCAAAUUUUCCAAGCUAGAAACCAGUACCAUUUUCCAACUCAAUUUGAGAUAGCAACUCCAGAAAGCAGCAAAGUUUUGGCUUCGGUGGCUUGAGAACAAGUUGCAUUGAAUUAGAGUAUGGAGGCUUCCUUUUAAUGCUGGAAGGUUGGCCAAAGAUAACCAAAUUAGUCUAAAAGCCAAUUCAACUGCUCAAAAGUUUAUUCGUCAGCAUCAUAUGUAAAAAUUUUUAUUUGUAGUUGUGAUUUUGUAUUCAGAAUUAAAACAUUCCCAAAAAAAUUCAUGUUGUUGUAUAUAUUUCUAUUAUUGGCCUGAUGCAGGUGGCCCCCUGUUUAUUGGAGGGCUUCUUGUAAGCCAGGGAAAACAGAACAAGAACACAAUUGCACUUUUUUUUUUUAAUAAUAAGUAUAGGAAUAUAUAUUAUACGACUAUUUUAGUGAAA